AUGGGAAAGCAAAGCCGAAAGAGUCACCCCACACGUGUUAACACAAAGAUUAUUGAACCACUUGAACUUCUACACAUCGACUUGUUCGGUACUUCAGCAAUUGAAAGCAUCGGUAGUAGUAAAUACAUCUUGGUUAUUAUAGAUGACAUUUCACAUUUCACUUGGGUUUUCUUUCUUAAACAAAAAUCAGAGGCGACUCCUAAGCUCAAAGCAUUUAUAAAGCAAGUGGAAUUUCAACUAUGUAAGGUGGUUAGAAACAUCAGAAGUGACAACGCGCUGGAAUUUAAAAAUCAAGAGUUCGAAGAAUUUCUUGUUGAUAAAGGAGCGUCUCACAAUUUCUCAGCACCCUACACUCCACAACAGAAUGGCAUGGUUGAAAGGAUCAACAAAGGAAAUCUUUCCAGCAUCAGGUCAAGUCUCGUUCUGAUUUCCAAUCUAUUUGAAGAAUGCAUAUUGCUCUUUGAUAAACCAAAGAGUGCAAUAAAUUCUGAGUCAAAGGCAGCUGACAACAAGAUUGACAACUUGAAGAAUGUUAUAGAUGAAGCAGCAAAAGAAAUGGAAAGCGAACAUCAAGAACCAACCAGACAGCCAGGUCCAAGUGAACCUCCAAAAGAAAGUUUUAUAUUCCAUGAGGAGGGAAAUCCAUCACUAACAAAGACCCAUGACGCCUCAUUCAAGGGGGGGGGGGAUUUUAAUCCUGAUGUUAAAAUCGUCUCAUCAUUUGAGAGGGAGAAUCAUAAUAUGAAUGAUGAUUCAGAUUUUCAAUCAGAAUUGGAAGAUGAAAUUAAUGUCGAAUUGGAUCCAGCCUAUGAUCCAAACUACCCUCCUCUCACAAAAUGGACAAGACAUCAUCCAAAACUCAAGUAA